AUGGACGUCUCCUGCCUGUGCGGUACAGUUACCGGAAAGGUCAAGCUUUGUAUUUCCACUUCCAACGCCGCAGGGCUAUCUCUCAGCCAUAGCGAUGUUGACCGUCAUUCGACUGGCCUCCUCUGCGCGUCCUACUGUCCCAUCGAGCAGCCUGAUUCGUUGAAAGGAACAAAGGAGCGGUAUGAGGUAGAUGGAUACACAAGAUACUUCUGCUCAGUCUGCGGUUGCCAUAUCUUUCGCAGUCGGCCCCGAGGGCCCGAGACAACAUGGGAAGUUGCUACUGGUGUCAUUGACCAAGAAGCCAACAGCUCAGACAACAUUGAUUUACGCUUCGUAAAACAUACGUCAGUCGUCGAUACAAAAGAUGGUGGGAUCUCAAUUUGGCUGCGGACGGUUGGUGACCUCACAUUGGAAGCUCUCGAAAACGCUGAACCAGCGGUUGACGACAAAGCGAAACGCAAACUACACGAGUCAUCAAACGUCAGCUCGACAGUACUGCCCGCUUCGUGCGCCUGCGGCACCGUCAGUUUUCACAUCACUCGCCCCAACGAAGAAAGCUUUGUUCCGCACUCUGGUUAUCCAGACUUGCAGUAUGCCGCCUGCGCCCACUCUCCCGAGUUCAUGAGAAACCCCAAAGACGAAAAAUGGUGGGUUCGCGCUGACGGCACGAAGUACUUGGCGGGAACCUGCGCAUGUCGCUCGUGCCGCCUCAUCUCCGGCUUCAAAAUCCAGACUUGGACGUUCGUUCCACGCUAA